AUGUUAAAUGAGAAACUUCGCCUUCUUAACGAUGAGCUCGAGAAAGUGAAGCAGGAAAAAACGUGUUUGGAGAAAGAACUGGAGGAGAACAUUAAAAGACUACAGAGAUUGGUCGACGCCAGCGAGAGUACUGACCAAGAGAAGCAGGCGACUCUUGUGCGGGAGAGCUUUACCGAUCUUCUGAACAAGAAACUGCAUUUGGAAAGAGAGGUCGAGAAGUUGCGAAGUUCUUUUGCGAAAACGCUGAAAGAGAACGAGAGUUUUGCACAGUAUAACGCGCGCUUGGAAAACAAGGCGAGCAUUCUUGGCAGUAAUCUCUUGAGAGCUGAAGAAGAAAUAUAUAGACUGGAUGCUUUUGCUUUUAAUGUAGGGAAUUCUCAAGGAGGGAAUAUUUUCGCUCUUCCUAAGGAAUUCUCGAAUUUCCAAAACCGCAAAGCAUUGUGGAUGUCAAGAAGUGAUGUUCGAACCACAAAAGUUUAUGUUGGGAAUCUUCCUCAUGAUGCUCGUAAGGAAGAGCUAGAACAUGAAUUCUCGCGCUAUGGUAAACUCCAAGAUGUUUGGGUGGCCCGUAACCCCCCUGGAUUUGCUUUUGUUGAAUUCUACGAUGAACGUGAUGCCAAAGAUGCGUGCGAUGACUUGGAUGGUCGAACUCUGUGUGGGGCACGGGUCAGAGUGGAAAUAUCACAUGGUAAAAGUCGGGGGAGAGGUCGUGGCCGAGGAGGUGGUGGAAGAGAUCGCCGUGAUGAUCGUAGAGACGAUCGCCGUCGUUAUGACGAUGGUGGUAGCCGGGGACAGAGGUAA